CCACGACGCCCCUCUCAAUGUGGCACGGUAAAUUUUUCCAGGUUCGGUAAAUUCUGGAGGUAUACCUGAUAAUCCAAGCAGUUGAGACAUCAAGUUACAAAAACAAAUGAUCAGUCGACGCGGUGAAAAUUGGGAGGACAGUCACGCCUUUGUCAGAAAUCUUUGAAGCAAAUAAUCGUUACCUUCUUUUCCUUCCUUCUCCGCUCUCCAGUGAGGUACCCACGCUUUUCCAGUGUAUUCCAUUAAAUAUGUAGGAGGUUGGACUCGGCCCGGAAGAGAUCGUUUCUUUUCCAAGCCAAUUAGUUCAAAGUGUUGCAGAGAUGGCCAUCCGUUCAGAACACCAUUGAAGAUAUAUCGAACCCCCCCAUCGCUGUUGACCUUCGUAAGAGAACUCAUCAAAUCUUUUCUCGUGAUGGGAAGAGUUGGCCGUCUUGGUUUGAUGACACCUCUUUCGACAUCGAAAUCUCGUUCGUUCAGACCGCUAAUUAGCUUUCCGUCGACACAAAAUUUAUCUGGAACGACGAUCGCAUGCCUUAUCAAUCCGUCACUUCCAACGGGAACAGCUUUAUUGGCUUCUUCUUCAGGUAGGGGGUUCCCAUAAGAUUGCACAACACUCAAACUAGGCGCUCUUGUUCUGCAUUCUUUGGUAUCGUCCGAUGCUGUGGUAUCUUGCUCUAUUGAAUUAGACAAAUACAGCAGCUCACCCGCCAUAUCCAACUCAAUGUCUUCGUCAACUCCUGGGUUUUCCGAUGGCGACAUCUGGCUAAUCUAAAUCUUUCCCAAAUUACCUUUUGAACUGCUUUCAGAAACUUCUGUUCGUCGACGGGGAGAUUAUUCAACUUACACUUACCAAUUGAUUGGCAAUUGAAUGAUUCGUAUUCAGAUUCAAAACUGGAUUGUGAUGCUGAAAUUCAUUCACUCAUGUUAUGAAUUUCCACGAAUUUCAAAACAGUGUUGAGACGCGUUACACGAUUUAAAGUUCUUCACCUACCAAGCGCAGUUGUUCCUACUGUAACUGCUCUUAGCAUGAAUUCUUGUAGCCUUGCCUUUCCUUCUUCCGUGAUCACUCUUGGACUGGUGCCACAGGACAUUCUGGGCCUCUUGGCACUGUGGUGCCAUAUGUUCAUACCUUUGUGGUCUGAUAUUGUAAGGAUCUAAGUGGUCAACUAUUCUGAUUUUCUAGGUGUUUGCCAAAAUUAGGAUUUGACUAAUGUGAUUAGUAGAUCUACUAUGUGUAAAAUGUGUAAUGGUCUGAGGUCGUUCACCUUUUGGCAAGUUGACACUGUUGACCUAUUACUAUUUUGGGAGGGGUUUAUUAGGGGUCAGCAACACAAAAGCAUUUGAAAAACAUUGUGCUGCAAAGGUCCACAACGCCUUUUUUCCAUCCUUGACCGUUGCACAACGCUGUUGGUGUAGUAACAAAAUAUAAAACAUUAGUAACAAUAUAAUUACUACUACUUCUUGAUAGUAGUCCCAUACCACCACUAUGAUGUUGCUAUUCACAAAUCAUUCAACAAUGUGCCCAUUUGUUUCUCAUACAACCAACAAUCAAAAAUUUCAGCUACACCAUAGUAGUACAAAGUCGUCCCUGCAAUAUCAGGAUCAAGCUUAGUGCGUAGAUUGCCGAUGAUCCUCUGUGCCCUACUACCAAAUAUUCUUUCUGAAGGAGCAGAUGUUGCAUGAACAGCAAGAAGAUAUUUCCUUGCUACUAGAACAGCAGCCAAUGUUGGAACAAAUUGGUUCAUUUUAUUUCCCCACCAUUGUAGAGGGUUGGAGUGCCUGGUCUUGUCACUCUCCUUAUCUAUCUCAAAGGGUGCAAGUUGGGGAUGCAACAUGUUCCUAAGCAGCUCCAGAUUACAUGAUUCCUUGAUACUCUGGGAAUUGGUAGACACUGUCACAGCUUGCUCUUUUUGUGCCUGCCUGUUGCUGCAUAAUCAUCAAAGGGUCCUACUCUUCUGUACUACUACUACUACAAGUAGUGUCGCUAUCACCACCAAUAGCAGAGGCUGCCACAGAGUCAUUGCUGUUGUUGAUAGCAUGGUGCAACAACUAGUAUUCCAAAAGUAAUUGCAGUUAUAUUAAGUACUACUUCCUCUGGUCCACUAUGUUGGAUCAAAGGUAUCGUAUAGGGUGGGCCAAAUGUUUCCUGCCAAAAUUAUUGUACAUUUUUGAAUAUCAUAGAUUCGUACAUCAUAUAUGUGUAAUUGUAGCACGUUUACUAUUGAAAUAAGCUCAAUAUGGCCGAUUUCAAUGCUUCUUUUUUUGUUUAACAGAUCUAUUACAAAUGUAUACAAGUAUAGAGAUUGUAUUAACUGAAAUUAUCUGACAUACUUGUGGUAUUUAGUUAAAGAGGACUUUUUUCUGCAUAUCAAUGUGAUUUUACUGUCAUUUGGGUUUUAAUAGUCAUUUUGAUACACCAAUACUUGCACAUGAUAGCUAGUAAGAGUGACACAUUUUCAAGGUAGUAUGGAGAACUUUCUUGUAUUGUUCAUUCUUGUUCAAAAGAGGUACCUGUUACCGUUGCCAAUGCAGACUGUUGAAGACUUUAGAGUUCACUGUGUUAAUAGAGGGUAUUUUUGCAAUUUUCAUUUGUAAAAAUUCAAAUAAUUUUUUUAACAUGCAUGCACAUUUUUAGUCCUCAGUACUGAUUGUACAUGUUCUACACAGUCAUUUGUAAAAUCCAACCGCCACUCAAAAACUGUUAAGUAAAGUGGAGACACAUAUACAGGACCAAUCAAAACAGGUUACAAUGACAUAUAUAGGGACCGGAGGAAUGUAUUCAGUCUUGCAUUUUUUAGUCCCAUAUGGUUCAGUCUUGCAACAGCCGCUGUAUACUAGCAGAGGGUAGCGUUGCAACCUUGCAAAAUUUUCAACCCUAGUGCAGUGUUUCAAGGCUUAAAUACUGUUGCGUUGCUGACCCCUAGUUUAAGGGUGGGAAGGGGGUGAAUAUUUCCUCUUUCACAUCAUGUUGACAGUCCUUCACUGUGAGGGACGAUGCUUUUGAGAAUGAGGCCAGCAAGGAGGCUUGUUGAGGUACAAGGCUAUUUGCGGGGUAUCACAAUCUGCAAGGUAGCUAUCAUUUGUCUGGUGGUUAAUGUCCUAUGUCUGUACAUUGUUUUCAAUACUCAAAAACUUUCCACAGAGCAAAAGUUUUUCCUGCUACUGUAGUAGUAGCUACUGUACAAUACAUAGCUAGAAUGGUAGCUCACCUCCCUAGGAAUCAAGAAUCGAAGGUACUGACAGUAUGUCACUACACAUAAAACAGCAAUUGAAAUUAUGUUAAUUGAGGCAUUGGGAAUGUUAAUUUAACAUUCCAAAUGUUAUUUUAGCAUAUGCAAUGUUAGCACGUCAUUGUAAGCAUGUAUUGUCCAUAUUUUUGAUCCUAGUAUUGUCCAUAUUCUUCAUUUGGUAGCCUUCUAGCAUCAAAAACCAAUUAUAUUGGCCUUGUUUCCUUUAAAAAGAGGAACAAGAAGAGGAUGCCUCCCCUGCUAACAUCCAGACUGUUAAGCAUUUAGGCUGUAAAAUAGAAGCAAAAAACACAGUACUCAUUUCUGCAUAGCCUACACUUCUAACAUUCAGAAUGUUAAAUUAACCUUCCCAAUGCCUCAAUUAACAUAAUUUCAAUUGUUCUUUUACGCGUAGUAGGAAUUGGACAUACCCAAGAUCAGGGGUCAUAAUUAUACUAUUAGAGGGGUGUGCAAUUGAACUUGUUGUUCCUGAUGGAACUCUUGUUUCUAUGGCACCAAAGGGCCAUGCCUUUGCAUGAUCAUUGACUACAAUGGUCUCCCAAUGGUCUGGACUAAUUGGCAUGAUAUCACAAAUCAACUGAAAGAGGAACUAUAUCUCAUCAUCAGAGUAGUUUGCUAUACCAGCAGCCUUGUUGCGCCCACAUCCUCCUUCUUCUUGUCAGCACUGCUGUUGCUGGCUACCAGUGUUGGAUCCAUCUUAAUGUACUAUGUGGUCGUGUGUGGGAUUGGCAUAGUAGCUGGAGGAGCUGCUAUUCCCUCUUCCCUCUGCUCUCUCAAUAUCAGCUGAGAGCAGAGAUAAAUGUACUAGUGGCUACUAGUAAGAGCACUGUUCUGGACAUUAUUCUUCCUUUGUGUGGCGCCAUUCUUAAUAGGAGAGCUCAUGGUUCUGUUGUUCAGGAUAACUGAGUCUCAAUUUCUUUGAACUGAGUCUUAAUUUUGACAGGCCUUUCUGUUGAGUCUUUCAACUGACUCAAAUUUUUAUUUGUGCAUUGUUCCACUCUAAAUCUGGUCAGUUUUGAAUGGGGGUCUGAGGGUCAAUCAAAAAUGACUAGAUUUAGUCAAUCUAGAUGUCACUUUUUCAUCUAUCUGUCUAUCAAAUCUAAUCAAUCUAGAUAAAUGGGAAUGGCCCAGUAUGAUGUAAGACUAGUACCUACUACUAGUAGUACUACUAUAUUUGCCAAAGAAAUAGUCUGAUCUUUGUCCAGUCACUACUAUUACUAGUAGUAAUACUACUACUGUGGCAUCCUUCUUGUUAGUUGUCCUUUCACCACCAUAUUGACUCUUAAGAAUUCAUGAGUAAUUUGUGGGUAUUUGUAUUUCACAGUUUCAUUUUGAGGGUGGAUGAUAAUUAUGUGGUGGAUUGUUUUUCUGCUGACAAAACAACACAGAAACUUCCACCCUGGGACAACAAGAAGUCCAAGAAGAGCAAAUCAAAAAGGGGUGGAUCCAAUAGUGAUACUACUACAAGUACUUCUACUAGUACAUGUGUUGAUUCCACAGGGUCAUGUACAAAUCUUGGUCACCAUUAGUACUAGUGAUAGUAUAGUACUAUGGUGUGUGAUGGUUGAAAAACUGGUUGGUAGGAUUUGGUAGAAUUUUGACUACCCCUGGCAUUUCAGAUCAUAACAGCUCUGGUGAUUACCACCAAGCUACUACUAGUACAAAUAUCAUAACAAGUGAUUGCCACACUAAGAAAUUGGUUUUCAUCGUUAAUUUAAUGAUGCCAUCCUUAUUUUUUCAGUACAAAUUCUACAGAGCUCUACUGAGUGUUGGUCACAAAAAUUUUCAGCAUGAUUUGCCUUCUGAGAAAGAAGCAGGAUUGGUUCUGCGCCACCAGAAUAGUUGCAAACUACCUCCGUAGAUUUUGUACCAUGUUGUACUGUGCUAAGGAUGGCAUCAGUAAAUUAACAAUGGGAACCAAUUUCUUAGUGUGGCAAUCACUUGUUAUGAUAUUCAUCGUAAUACACAGAACACCACCACCACCAGAAUUGUACUAUCCAAAUCUAGCAUCAAAAGGAAUUUAAGAGGAACUUUCAAAAAUGCCUUGAAUCAAACUGCAUAAAACUAAAGAUGAAUCUUUAUUUUGCAUUGAAACAGGCCAGGGGCAGAGAUCAUAAAGUUUUCUUCCAUCUGUAAAAUUGAUGUUAAGAAUCCAGCAUUCCAAGAAAUUGAACCAGAACCUGACAUGUCUGCAGAAAACAUAUGAAAAGUUCUCAAAAACAUCAGCACUGGCACCACUGAAUCAAAACUCUUGUUUAUCAGUUAAAAAAUUGGCACAAUUCUUGCUGACAUGCAAUCAUGACCAUUGCCUUCCAUUGUCAACAGUAAAAUCUGCAUUAUAUUAAUGUCAAACACCAUUGAUUAACACAUGUUAUGGGUACUGGAACUUAUCUGCAAUUUUGAUAGAUCUGGUGAUAUCAAUAAUCCUGGGCAUGUAACCUUGAGUUCCCCUGCUACCACCCUCUUCUCUUCUAUUUAAUUAUCAAAAAGGAAAUAUUGGGCCCAUUGACUUGCACUAUCCAUAUCGCGUCAAAUGUAUGAUGUCCUGCUUAUUGAUUUCUUUCUCAAUUGCUUAUUAUGUUUAUUAUGAUUUCUUGAUUAAAUCCAUAGGUAUUCCUACUUUAGGAUACAUCUCUAUCAUAUGAGUUGAGAAUUCAAGAAGAUCGUUCCUACGGAAGUAACCAUUUCUUGCAUGGUUUGUAGUAGGGUGAAUUGUAAAAUACUAGUCAAAUACAAAAGUGGAUCUGACUGAGGAUGGUCAGUUUCAUCUUGAAUGAGCGCUGAUGCAAGGCAUUUCUGCCUACCAUUCCGUUGAUUACUCUUAAAUGAGCGCUGAUGCCAGGCAUUUCCUCCUCGCAUUUCGUUGCUUACAGAGCAUGUUGUAAAUCAAAACAUAGACGACACGGCUGAUUGGGAUCGCAACAAACAAUCUUGCAUAGAACCAUAGCACCGGAAUUAAUCCCAACUUUAAAAAAUCGCCAAUUGUUCCCAAAUUUCGCUGUAGAGUACCUCCUGUUUCCAAUGCUCGAGAAAGCCAGACUACACCGAAAAAAUUAAAACUGGUAAGGAGUAAACAGCAGAAGAACUGGUUUCGGGAGAGAGAUGAAAAUGUCUUGCGUUGUUCGCACAAAUAUUUUGGUAGGAUGACUAAGCUCUUUGGCCCAGCCUGUCGAAGUGCAGUAGUAGUCCCAGCUAAGGAAGCUGGCACGGCGUCGUCGUUGCAAUAGAAAAAGUUCUGAAAUCCCUCCUUCGUCUUUUCGUCACCUUGAUCCCCCAUUUGCGAUUCACCGUACCACGUUCGAUGGCUUUCAGAAAUCAAUUCUGGAAAUUCAAAUAGUGCUUUCGAUUCAUUCCCGUCGUCGUGUUUUUUUGUUUCAUCUUUUUCGAUGAUCCUAGAAGAUGGUAUCCCGUUGAAGUAUGAUACAAUUGACAAGCCUUCAGCUAUCACCUGGAACGUGUCGUCCAAAGAAGUAGGCGGAGAGUUUACAAACGGUGCUAGCUCCUGAAGGGAAAUUGGACGCAUAUAUCCACCAUCACCGGACGCCUUGUCCACAAUCACAGCGCUUCGCAGCCGCCAUUUAUCGGCACUUGAAGUGCCAGAAGGCGUAGUGGGUCCGAACAAAAAUUCAACUAGUGAGGAAAUCAAACUCUUUGGUUGUGGCUGUUGCCUGUGAUUUGUGUUCGUUCGGACCGGAAUGUUCGCAUUGUUUUCCGAUUGCAAAUAAUUUCUGGACAAAAGGCUUCUUCCCUCACUGUGAGAUCCAUCGCUAUUUGCACACGUGCUUCGGAAUGUAGCUCUUGAAGGUCGACUUCGCAAUCUUUGAUGCAAACGGCCUGCCCGGGACCAAAAGAAAAUAUUGCCAGGAUUCCCGCAGCAAAAACUCAUGACGAGCCACGUAUUGUAGGCAGCUUCUCUAAAAAAGUCAUUCUGAUCAUUGCCUGAAGGGCCAAGCAUAGCAAAACAAAAAAGCAGCUGCCGAAUGGUAAAUAUCAAGCUCUUCAGUUUCUGCGAAACAUUGUUGCGUACGGCUCGAGACUCUCCGCCGCCCCGGGAGAGUGUUACGAAGGCAGCGACGAGCGCCGCUAGCACAGCAGUCGACACUAUUAUUAUAGAUAUCACCAACCCAAAUGCGGUUACGACUUUCAAAGCUUUGAUCAAAAUUUUGCUCCAAGCUUGGAAAGAAUCUUUUUUCUCGGCACGCAAUACCUUGCGUUCAAAAUCACUUGGGAAUUUGAAAACCAUUGAUUUUAUCGUCCUCUUGUUUCCAUUUGCAUCAUCGCAGAUUUCUAUUUCUUCGAAAUAAAAUGACGAUCCCUGGCCCACUAUCUGUAGCAAUCCGCAUAGCUCUGCCGCGGCAUCGUUGAUAGAAAAUCCAAGCUGUUGCGAAAGAUCAGCCGGUCGGAUUGUCAAAUUUGGAGAUGCCUUAACGGAUUGCAAGAUUUGCGAUCGAAUGGAUACCUCGUGCUCGUACACUAUUUCUGUAUCAUUCUCCUCCAUUGACAACACUUCAUGCCUCGUCAUGCUUUAGAUGAUGAAGAUGAGAGCAACCAGACAGAAGAUCAGGUAGCCCUUUCAUGGACGGAAAGUCCGUAACUUUCCGCAUGUACAAGUAACUGUAAUAGCACACGGUACGUACGUACUACUGUACGAGUUUUAUCGGAGUAAAAUUACAGCCAAAAUUAACAAAUUUGGCCAUCCACUAGUAGGAUGACUUUGACAGACUAGUUAGAAGCCUCUAGAGCAUCCUUUGCUGGCUUCCCAAUGACACCAACCUUUAGGUAAUUGUAUAUACUUGGACUGGGCCCUUAGUUUGGUGGUCCACUGGAGUUGUUUUUUGAUAAAGUUCUGCCCUACUAUUUUGUAACACAGCCAGUCUCGUCUGAAAACAGCAACAUUUGGCAAGACUGGCUGUUCUUCUUACUAAUGUGCUAUCAGCUCCCCCCAGCAGCCCUAUAAUCAUGUAACAAUGACAUAGGACACUGCUCCCAACACUAUGAGGAAGCUUUUCCCCAAAGAAUGUCACACAAACUGAUAUAAUGGUGUUUCCAGUUUCCCACUUGGACCAAAACAAAAUUGCUUGUGUAUUUUUCGAUGCUCCAACACAGCCCUUUUACCUGGAACAUGUUCUCACACCCUACAUUUUUCAACACAAAUUUCAAAGUUUUUUUAGGUACAGAUAUGUUUCUGAUAAACACUUAAAGUAUUGAAGCCAAUUAAUCCGAUUCCCUUGUGCCGUUGCCAACAUUAUCCUAUUGACAAAGAAACUAUAGACAUAGACAACUCUGCUUGGAUGCUUCCCUUUUCUCAUUUUUGCAGUUUCCAAUUUCCCUGAUGGGCAACAAUUCUCUAUGGUUCAAUAUACUUGCCGUACCACGUUUCUAUUAUCAUUCUAUCACUCAAACUUAGUCUGUCGCACUGAAUAUUUUGCUCACUGUGUUCUUGUGUCUUCUCCUCUUGAAAUUGUUUUGUAUUGGUGAAACUGCACCUGAUAUCUAUCUCACAAAGUACUCAAAUUCUGAUGUGUUCUUUUGUCUGUAUUCCUGGUUUAACAUGAAUGACAAACUGUCUUUGGACUCUAUUGUGAAACAUUUUCCCAUGAAAGUAGCCAGAACUACACCAUUUUUUGUUGUCUACCCAUAUUCAGGAGGGAAACAAAUUGUUAGACUGAACAAUUUGUUUAUGGCUACACCUGCAGUGUUGCACAACUUACCCUUGUAGUUUUUUUUGCCAGAGUCUGUGUGUUAUGUCUGCAAGUAGCUACUGCCCCGUUGAUAGUUCCCACCCAAUGAAUGGAAGACAUUACUAGGCCCUCUGGGGCAGCAUUCUCCCCAGCACAACUUUCUUUUACAUGUUGUUUAACUAUGUUUUCCACAAUGUUAUCCUUUACAAGGAACUUUGUGUGCUUGAACAAAACAUUCCUUAUGUAGUUAGUCAGUGUUCUUUGUUUCAACAAGGUCUCUAUAUGGCCCAGUCUUAUGUCAGGAUCAACCACCAUUCUCUCCUCCUGUUCUUCAUUCUAUCUGACUACUUGCAAGGACAUGUCUGUUGAUAAGCUGUAGACCAAUCAGAUAAAAAUUUCAAAAAUCCGCAGGUCAAAUUGGUAUUUUAUGCUAAUAACUGUUUAGCUUGUGUUAGUCUAUACUUCUAGCUAUUCAUUGAUAAACAACACCCACUUGAUCUACAUAUAUCCAAACCUUGGUGUACAUAACUUACUUACCCAAAAAAAAAAAUAUAUCUAACCCUACGCUUCCACAGUAGUAAUAGUUUAAAGGCAUGUAGUUCAAUUUUAUGUGAAAACCAUACUGUACAACAAUCAUUUUUUAGUCAUGUAUGUAGGGGCAAUGACAAGCGUGAAACAGGCGCACACUUCUAUCUACCAUUCCUUUUUCCUGGCCAGCAUGCCAACUUUUUCUGCAUGUCGAUAAUUUUUUGACACGUCCCUGCUCUUCCCUGUAGAUCACAGUAUUUUUUAAACAACAUAUAAAAUAGUCCCCAUGUAUUCUACUUCCUCAAAGCAAAAUACCUGUUUAUAAUAAAGAGUGAGCUUAUUCACUAUCUACACAUGAAGUAUGAAGUGGCUGUUUGCUUGAAGACAGGGUUCAUUGUUUGGGUAAAUGGUCCUUUCAAGGCAAACACAAAUGAUAAUGCUAUAUUUGAGGAAGGGCUGGAUAAAUUACUCUAUCCACCAGAGAAAGUUGUGGAAGCAGAUCAAGAGUAUGGGGGAGACCUUUGACUGAAGCAUCCAUCAAUGGGAAUGACUAGUGGAGAAAGGAAGAUGAAAUCAAAUGUUUGGGCCCAGCAGGAAGUGUGAACAGCAGACUGAAACAGUUCAAUGUGCCCACUACUCAUUUCAGGCACUUGAAGCCAAACAAAGAGGGAAUGAUGAAGAGACACGGACAGUGUUUUGAUGCUGUUGUUGUGAUUACACAGCUUAAGUUUCUUUUGGGGGCAAAAGUCUUUGCAGAUGGCCUGGAUUACUACAAUUUUCAUUACUUCUAGCAGUGCUACAAGUACUAGCCUCAACAAGACAGCAUAGUAGAUCCUCUGUGGCUCCUUGCAGCACGCAGUACAGAACACCCUUACCCAGCAGCAAUUCACAGUGCUCAUUAAUAUUUUGUCUCCAAUACUAGUAAGCACUAAUGUUCUCCAAUAGUAAGCACCAAUGCAAAUUCUCAAGUAGAAAGGAAUGAAUUUACCUUUUGUCCAGUAGUAAUGACCAUUAAUAGAAACAUUAAAGGACUCAGUAGUAGUUUUUGUGUGUGGUGGAGGAGGGGAGAGGGGAAAUGGAGAUGGGAGAAUGAAAAAAUUUAAUUACUAUAUAAAAUAAAUCCCAUGUGCUACGAUUACUACUACUACUAUGUACUUUGAUAUACAUUGCAUACAUGAAUAUAAUUCAUUGAAGUCAUGCAAUAUGUAAUAAUAUUCCAUAAAAAAAUGUGAUUAAAAUUGAUCACAAAAAAAUGUGAUCAAGAUUUUGUGAUCAUUUCUGAUCGCAAUUUUUUGUGAUCAAUUUUGAUCACAUUAGUGAAGAAUGGGUAUUCGGGAAUUCAUUUUUCCCGGAAAAAAUUGAAAUCGACAUGGUUCCUGUUUAGUCGUUUUCAUCCAGUCCCGUCUAUUGGGACGAGGACCAGAAGUAGUUGUCUCUGUUUUGGUGGAAAAGCUGCUCUGACCGCCAUCAAUCUCUCUCACGGUGACAAGAACAACAUCAAACUCUUGAUGGGUUCGAACCGGUACGAGUACUCGUACGACUAUUGCUCAUACUUUUAGUAUUUUUGUUUUCGGAAUUUUGACAAACCAUCAACUGAUCAUAUCCAUCAAACUAGAUCCAAUACCGAUAGAUUGGCUACAAUAAAUCAGAUUGAUUGUUCGUGGCGCUUUAUGUCUCGAAGACAAAAUUGAAAAUAAGAAAUCGACGCAGCUUACUGAAACAGGCAACAACUUUCAUUCAUAAAACUACCGGUCUUGCCAAAUAAUUUGUCCAAACACCACGUCAAAUAUUCGGUGUUGGCAGCUGCGUCUAGUCUGUGAGGACUGCCAGUAUUACAACAGUGGAUCACUCUUUUCUUUGCACCCGGUGCAAGUCAUUUUGAUGAAAUGGCGUCAACUAGCUUAUGGACAAAUGGUGCGAACGAUAACAACGAUACACCGACCAUAGGUCGAAAAAGCUUGAUCAAGGGGGACAAUGUCCCGAAAAAAAUUAAAUCCAUUCAGUUUGGCCUUUUGUCACCAGCAGAAAUGCAACGCCUUGCAGAAUUUCAGGUGACUUCUCGCGAAUUGUUUUCUAUGCCAUCUCGGAACCCUGCACCCGGUGGCUGCUUGGACCCACGGUUGGGCGUAUCCGAUAAGGUCUCAACCUGUCAUACCUGCAAAAAAAAAUUGCAAGAUUGCGCUGGUCAUUUUGGAUACAUUCGGCUUGCUUUGCCAGUUUUCCAUAUUGGCUAUCUUCGGCACACUUUACACCUCUUGCAGUGCGUCUGUAAGAACUGCUCCAGAAUCCUUCUGGAUAACUCCGAGCGAGAACAAUACCUGGCAAAAAUGAGGAAUCCAAAGACCGACGUCUUAGCAAAAACAGCAACAUUGAAGAAAGUUAUUGAGAAGUGCAAGAAAUCAAAGCAAUGUCCAUACUGUGGAGCAGUGAAUGGGACUGUCAAAAAAAUCACGGGGGCUCCUACCCUAAAGAUUGUUCACGAAAAAUUCAAGGGCAGACACUCGGAGGAUGAAUUGGACCAACUAAUGGAUAAUUUAUCAAUGGCCAUGGAUCACAACAAGGACUUGAUUUCAGUGAUGACUGGUGGAACCCCACCGUUUGAAGACUUACUUCCAAACAAAGUGCUGGAAAUUUUUAAACGGAUCCCCGACGAAGAUUGCGAGGUCAUGUGGGUUGAUCCAUUGAUUGGAAGGCCAGAGAAUUUGAUUUUAGAGAGCAUACUGGUCCCACCCGUCCCGAUUCGACCAGGUGUGAAAGUAGAAUUCGGGGGUGGUUCGAAUGAGGAUGACUUAACUGUGAAACUGCAGGAAAUUCUUGAUAUAAACGUGGCUCUCGAGAUGGCAUUGACCAAAGGGAAUCCCCCUCGUACAAUUAUGGAAGAAUGGGACUACUUGCAAUCACAGGUAGCACAGUAUUUCAAUGGAGAGAUGCCUGGUCUCCAAAGGCCUAUUGGUGCCAAACCAAUGCGCGGUUUGUGUCAGCGGCUGAAAGGAAAACAAGGAAGAUUUCGACAAAAUCUAUCGGGGAAGCGUGUCGACUUUUCAGCUCGUACAGUAAUUUCCCCUGAUCCAAACUUGUUGGUCGACCAGGUAGGAGUCCCAAAAAGGGUUGCGAUGACGAUGACUUACCCAGGUUAGUAUUUGCUUUGCAAGCUUGGUUCAUGUCGCAACGAGAGCAUAUGAUGAUGUCUUACGCAGCUUUUCUUUGUAAUUAGAACGAGUGUCACGUUAUAAUAAAAAGAAAUUACAACAAAGGGUUAGAAACGGCCCUCAUAUGCAUCCGGGUGCGAAUCUAGUUCGUACGGGGGAUGCAAAAGGAUUCGACAAAUCUCUAGCAUUCGGUGACAGAGAAAAAAUAGCACGUAGCCUGAGGGAGGGUGAUAUUGUCGAACGGCACAUGGAAGAUGGCGAUAUUGUUUUGUUCAACCGACAGCCCUCAUUACACAGAGUUUCAAUCAUGGCACACAGAGCAAAGGUCAUGGAGUGGAGAACAUUUCGAUUCAAUAUUUGCGUUUGUGCUCCUUAUAAUGCUGAUUUUGAUGGUGAUGAGAUGAAUAUGCAUCUGCCCCAGACAGAAGAAGCUCGCACAGAGGCAAACCUCCUGAUGGGAGUUCAUAACAAUCUGACCACACCGCGAAAUGGAGAACCGCUCGUGGCUGCCAGUCAGGAUUUUUUGAGUGCGUCCUACAUUUUGACGCAAAAUGAUCGGUUCUAUACGCAUGAACAAUUCUGCCAACUUGUAACAUACUUUGGUGAUGCCGGAGAGCAGAUCGACAUCCCACCGCCUACAAUUGUUAAGCCAAUGCACCUUUGGACUGGGAAACAAGUAUUUACUGCAAUGCUUCAACCGAAUGACAAGACAAAAAUCGAAGUCAGCUUCGCGACGAAAGAAAAGAACUAUAUCAGCAACAAACACUUCUGUAAAAAUGAUGGUUGGGUUGACUUUCGUAAUGGUGAACUAAUAUCUGGAAACAUUGCCAAAAAAACGAUAGGAGACGGUAGUAAGACAGGCUUGAUUUUUACUGUUCUUCGUGAUUAUGGCUCUCGUGAAAGUGCAAAACUUUUAGAUCGCUGGGCCAAAUUUUGUGGAAGAUACAUGGGCAUUCAUCGAGGUUUCUCGAUAGGGAUUUCCGACGUCACGCCUUCUGACGACCUAACAAAAAUGAAGCACAAAAUCUUACUUGAAGGAUAUAGAAAGUCCGAGUCAAAUCUUGAUCUCUACGAAAAUGGGGAGCUAGAAUUGAGACCGGGUUGUGAUCUUUUGCAAAGUUUAGAAGAGAUCCUAAACGGAAUCCUUGGUAGACUCCGAGAAUCUGCAGGACAAGAAGCUAUGAAACAAUUGCCUUGGUCGAAUGCGCCACGCAUCAUGGCAGCCUGUGGAUCAAAAGGAAGUCCUCUAAAUAUUUCCCAAAUGAUAUCGUGUGUAGGCCAACAAGCUGUUGGUGGAAUGCGUAUUCAAAACGGCUUUGUGGACAGAACUCUUCCACACUUCGAAGUUAAGAGUCUCACGCCGUCCGCAAAAGGAUUCGUCGCCAAUUCAUUCUAUACGGGCUUGACAGCAACAGAAUUCUUUUUUCACGCAAUGGGUGGACGUGAAGGGUUAGUUGAUACAGCAGUGAAGACCGCUGAAACCGGGUACAUGGCAAGACGACUUAUGAAGGCUCUUGAGGAUCUAUCUAUGCAAUACGAUAAGACGGUUCGAAACAGUGAAAACACCGUUGUUCAAUUCAUUUAUGGAGAUGACGGGCUGAAUCCUAACGCGAUGGAAAACAACGACCGUCCCGUGGACUUUGAUCGCUUAUCAAUGACAAUUCGAGAGAAUUUUCCGUGCCGAGAUGAAGAUACACUAGGCCCAGAAGACUUGAGAAAAAUCGUUGGAUUGAAGUUGAGAGAGAAGAGAUUUCAAAGUCUCUUACCUGAGGGAGCUGAGAUUUUAAAGGAGAUCAACGACUUCUUUUGCUCCAUGGCAAAGAAGCAAAAACAACUCAUCAAUGACUUCAAGGGAAAAGCGGUUGAAAUUUCAUCCUUGACUUGGACCUCGUGUCGAUUCACACUCAGUCAGCUGAACAAGUUUCUUGACAUUGCUCUAGAGAAGUGCACUGCAUCUUAUGUAGAACCAGGAGAGGCCGUCGGUGCAAUCGGUGCACAAAGUAUUAGUGAGCCAGGCACCCAGAUGACGCUUAAGACAUUCCACUUCUCUGGAAUUAGUUCCAUGAAUGUUACCCUUGGGGUUCCUCGACUGAAAGAAAUCAUCAAUGCAUCAAAACUCAUUUCAACUCCAAUUAUUACUGUUAAAUUGGAACAGGAUGAUAAUAAAAUCGCUGCUCGUGUCGUUAAAGCUGGAAUCGAGAAGACUACCCUUGGGCAAGUUUCAAAAUAUAUCAAAGAAGUGAUUGCUUCGAACGCUUGCUAUAUUAGUAUUGAACUUGAUAUGGGUAAGUGAUUUUGUUCAAGCCCCGAGGCGUUUUCUAUCAUCUCUCCCUCACAUAUUAUUGGACUAUUUUUUAUUCUGUUUGAAUCUUCAGAUGCAAUUGACCAACUAAAGCUCAAUGUUGAUUCGGAAAGUGUGAGAAAUUCCAUUUUACGCGGCUGUAGAGGAGUCACGAGACCUGCAACUUUGCGUCUGCUAGAUGACGUCGAUGUGAAAGUCAAACGAGGCUGUAAUAACAAGCUACGAAUUUAUGUUCCUUCACGCAACAAAGGGUCGACUUAUUUCUGUAUGCAGCAGUUAAAAACUGUACUUCCCGAUGUAAUUGUUCAGGGAAUUCCUUCGGUAAAUCGUGCUGUUAUCAACGAGACUGAUAAAGAUGGGAAGCAGACUUACAAUCUUCUUGUGGAAGGGUAUGGCCUACAAGAUGUGAUGGGAAGUCCAGGCAUUGACGGAAAUCAUACGUGGACCAAUCACAUUAUUGAAGUAGAAAAUGUGCUUGGCGUCGAAGCUGCACGCACUCAGAUCUCGUCAGAAAUUUCUUACAUUAUGUCCGCGUAUGGAAUUGGUAUCGAUAGCAGACAUCUUUUGCUGCUUUCGGAUGUAAUGACAUUCAAAGGGGAAGUACUUGGCAUCACAAGAUUCGGGGUUUCUAAGAUGCGUGAAAGUGUGUUGCAUCUGGCGUCGUUUGAAAAGGUUAGUGCGGACAUAUGUUGUUUUCAUUCGUUGCGGCAGCAUCCCUAGUGAUCUAUGUGACGAAAUGGGCUUUUCUUUUUCAAAUUUUCUUCUCUCAUCUUCUCUGUUCAAUCUUUUGAAAAACGAUCAUCUUCGAAAAGACAACUGAUCACUUGUUUGAUGCUGCUGUUCAUGGUAGAACCGAUGAAAUCGUUGGCGUCAGUGAAUGUAUCAUCAUGGGGACUCCUAUACCAAUUGGAACAGGUCUCCCAAAUAUGUUAUGGAAAUCAAAAACAUGAGAUGACAUAAAUAGAUUCAAAACGGUUUGGUUACUUUGAAUAAAAUAUUUACAAUGCC